AGGCUUAGUGCUUCAUUCACCAUUUUGCGACUGUAGAGUACCCUGGAACCUCAACGGCUGGACUUUUUCUCGUUUGCGGAAGAAAAACACUCUUUGCAAAACCUUUCUCGGGGAUUCCGCGGUUUUAUAGGCUCUGUUUGUGCAUCGACACCAUUUCGACGGCAAUGUAAAUAUCCACGGGGGUCUAAUUUAAGAAGGAAAGGACAGCACAAACAGGAAGAGGCUUGAGCAAGAACAGAAGAAAACGACAGAGAAGGGGCGGGAUGCAAGAGAGAAACAGAGUGGAAGAUAUUGAUAGGCUUGGACUCACAGGAAAUCAGGAGGAUUAGAGAUUCUCUUAGAGUAAGAAAAGAUGAAGCCCAUUAAAAAGCAAGAAAGGCGGUCUCCUCCCUCUACUCGUGCCAAGGGAGUGAAGAAGAGGAUAGUGGAUAGUAGUCCACAGGAAGAGAAAAGAGAAACAGAGGAAAAAACCCAGAUUUCACCUACCUCUCCUAAGAGACAUAUCUCCUCAAAUUCUGACUCGUCACAGGAAGGGCCACUGAGAAGCAGCAAUUCUCCGGAAAAGGAAGGGAUACACAGUGAUGGGGUCCUCAGUAUAGCGGUGGAUUUGGGGAAGACGGAGGAACACCCUGGGAGCUUUAAGUCUGGCGGAACACAAAGUGACAGCAACAGUAGCACGACCAGUGCCAGCAAUAGCCCUAACCCUUCGUCUAGUCGUAAGACGGCCACUUUUAAGGCCCGUGUGCCCAAGAAGAAGUACACCUUCGAGCACUGUGCCGGAAACCAUGGCAACGCUAGCACUCCCAGCACACCCCCACAGAGCAGCAGCAGCUCUCACAAUGGUACUGGUACUAGCCAGGUCCCAGCUGCCUCUGCUGCACAUACAGACCCAGACGGUCAAAGCCAGCAAGCUGAAGGCAACAUUGCAAUGUAUGCACACAAUAACAUAACAGGGCCCACGGGAAGAACUGCUAGUGAUUGUGGUGAAAGGGACAGGACAAGUGUAUCCAGCCCACAGCGUUGCUCCUCCACAGAUACGGCCAGCGAACACUCGGCUGACAUAGAAGUGACAACUUCUGGACAUGAUUCUAGCGCUAACUCCCAAAAGCCACAAGCACAUAGCACUUCAAUACCCACACAGGAGAGCCUGUCAUCUGGGUUAGCUGGAGUCCUGGCCAAAGGUCUUAAGAAUCAGAGAGUUUUGGCCCGACAGGGUCCUAGAUUAGGAGAAGGCUGGCCUCAUGAUCGUGGCCGGGAUGUAUCAGGAGUGUUUCGCACUGGUGUCGUACGGAGAGUUAGCGAGGAGCAUGGGAGUUUGGAGGUGCAGCUGAACGGAGAAAAGACCAUUUGCAAGUACCCUUUUCGAGUGGCUUCUGAUUCUGUUGAUCUUAUUCUAGAUGCGUCACCUCCUGGUGUGGCCCCAGUGGCAAUAGGCACCCGUGUUUGCAUCCCCUUUAAAGGGGACGAUGAGGGGAGUGAGGGAACACGUCAGUGGUACAGAGAAGGUGUAGUUACUCAAGUAGACCAACAUCCAGCUGUGUCUUGUCAAUAUCGCGUCCAGCUACGGGAGGAUGUAUCUGAUGAGAGAAAGGAAAUUAGAAGUGAAGAGGACGAUGGAAGGGCCAUAAGUGCUCAAGCCAUUUGGGUCUCACGACAAAACCUUCGCCUCCUAGUUCCUCCUUGGGACCUAGAACCACCCCAGGCAGCAGAGCCAGAGGGUGAUGGUAGGAGGGUUAGAGAACGAGAGUGGGAGGAAAGAGAUGACAUGGAAGUUGAGCAGGAAGUUGUUCGGCUGACCAGGCCAGGGUAUAAAGUGCCGAGUUUGUUACAUCCUGUGAUAGUUCCUUACACCUCACCACAUACUUCGUCUUCUGCCAUUAACACUGCCAUCACGUCUGUACUCAGUGUAGUCCCAAACAGAGACUGGGAACAUCACAGAGAGAAGAAUCAGGAAAGAGAUUUGCAUAGGCACUUAGAGAGAGAAAGGGAACGAGACCGAGAUGACAUUGAGGUCAGUCGUCUCAGUCAGCUAAGGGAUGGCAGCAUCACUGCAGCCAUGGAUGGCAAAGCUCAAGGGGUUCCUUCUCAGAAUCGACCCAUUCUUUCUAAACCAAACUACCUCAGCCAUCCCCUGCUGAGAGGGCCCCCAAUUGCACCCCACCUACCCCUUGCUCCUCAUCCAAAUCAUCCCCAUAUGCUUCUGGGCCUGGAUUCAGCCACAGGUGCUGCAGUCAUCUCCACACCCCAGCUUCCUCCUUUGCCCCCAAGCUCAUCUCGAAGCUCCCUUGACAAAACCCCCAGCUCCAGCUCACAUGGAGUGUCAGGGGGUGGAUCUGGAUCCUCAUCCUCUUCGUCACGUUCUCGCACACCCCUCACAGCUGCUCAACAGAAGUACAAGAAGGGCGAUGUGGUGUGCACCCCUACAGGUAUCCGCAAGAAGUUCAAUGGCAAACAGUGGCGCAGAUUGUGCUCACGUGAAGGCUGUUCAAAGGAGUCACAGAGGCGUGGAUACUGUUCACGGCAUCUUUCCAUGCGUACCAAGGAGAUGGAAGCUGGAGGCGGGGUGGGCCGAGACAGGAGUGGGGCCAGUAGUACAGGCACUCUCACACCUGACCUCCGUUUAGGUGGACGCACCAGCAGCGAGUACGACUGGGAUGACAACUCCCGAGACAGCAGUGAAGCAAGCAGUCGUGGUGGGGACUCUCGACCACGUUUGGUGAUGACCUCUCUUAUGCCGCAAGAACUGCCACGUGAUCUAUCUCGCUUUGACUUUGAUGAGUGUGAGGCUGCAAAUAUGCUGGUCUCACUUGGCAGCUCACGCUCAUGCACACCCUCUUUCUCACCUGUAUCCAAUCAGUCACCAUUCUCCCCUGCACCUUCCCCCUCACCCACGCUAUUUGGCUUCCGCCCAGCUAAUUUUAGCCCCAUCACAGCACCUUCGCCUCUGACACCCCGCCGCCCUCGCCACCUCAGUGGCACAAAGAUCCCAGGGACCCCCACCACAGACCGUGAACGUCACCUCUCCGGCAUUGUGCCCACUUUUUCGACCAACCUUACCUUUACUGUACCCAUGAGCCCCAGUAAACGCAAGUUGGAUGCCCCACCACCAUCAAUGCCCAGUGCAUCAGACUAUGUGAAAUCUGAUCCCCAACUCAAUGACCCUAGCCUCAGCAUUAAUGCUGCAGCAUUCAGGGUUCUGUCCCCACAAAGCCAGCCUACUACCCCCUCUUCUCUUUCAUUCCCUAGACAGAGGAGUGUCACAAGUCGCCCCUCGUCCUCUGCUGCCUCUACUCCACCACCUAUGCUGGUUUCUCCCACACCACCCUCACCUCUGCCACAGGAUCCCAGCUCGCGUCGUAUUGUUCCCCUACGAGAUUCGCCUGUCAUUGUUCGUAACCCAGAUGUGCCAUUGGCAAAAUUCAGCGAUAGUCCCCUGAGUCGUCGAGCAAGUUCCUGCUCUAGGGAGCACAGCCAGACCCCUCACCAUGCUGUGGGACUUCAGGCCCCUGUCCCCAUUAAUGGUGCUACCACCAACGGAGCUGUUCUUCUCCGAAAUCCAGCUCCAACCUUAGUUCUGGUGACCUCCUCUCAGUCCUUGGCACCUGUGGCUCCUGGAUAUCCCACCCAUUCAAAUUCUACCGCUUUGAAUGUGUCCACUUCUAAUGCAACCACUGGACCCGCACUCGCAAUAUCUGGCUCAGGAGGUAAAGAUCAAGAGAGGAAGUCGGAUGCAGGCAGCGCUCUCCCUCAGCCUGUGGCUUGCCAUCCUUCACCCACAGCCCUGUUACCCCUCAUCCUUCCAGCUGAGUCCCCUCACCCUGCUCCUCGCAAAGACAUCAUCAUGGGAAGGCCUGGCACUGUUUGGACCAAUGUGGAGCCCCGCUCUGUGCCAGUGUUUGCAUGGCAUUCAUUGGUUCCUUUUCUGGAAACCAGCCAAACUAAAAUGUCCACGCAGCCUGCAGAUGGCCAAACACUUGUAAAUCAGAGCAAAGAGCCUCGUUGUGGAGUAGCCCUUGUGUCUGAGGGGCUGACUGACCAUCCAACACCAGAGAGAGGCUCCCCGUCUUGCCCCCCUCCUUCAGCUGAAGACCCACCCGUGGAGAGAGAAGGAGGCGACAGCGAGACUGAGAGUGACGCUGACGACCUUUUUUUACCAGGUGUAGUUCCAGACUCUUCUCCAUCCCUCAACCCAGUGAAAAGGCGCACGCAAUCUCUCAGUGCGCUCCCAAAAGAUGGUGACAAGAAGAGGGAAAAGGACCACAUCAGGCGUCCAAUGAACGCAUUCAUGAUCUUCAGUAAGCGGCAUCGUGCAUUGGUUCACCAACGACACCCCAACCAGGACAACCGCACUGUCAGUAAAAUACUGGGCGAGUGGUGGUACGCACUGGGACCCAAAGAAAAGCAGAAGUAUCACGACCUUGCCUUCCAGGUGAAGGAGGCUCAUUUCCGGGCUCACCCUGAUUGGAAAUGGUGUAACAAGGACCGAAGGAAGUCCCUGUCUGAGGGCCGGGGAACUCCAGGGGCCAAAGAUGCUCGCGAGCGCAGCGUGUCUGAAAGCACAGAGCCCCAUUCAACGUCUCAGGGUGCAGAACACAAAGGGGCAGGGCCCAGCUGGACUUCACCUCCAUCUGACUGUCACGGACGAUCACCAGCAGGACAGCUUCAGCGGCCUCGUGCUUUUUCCCAGAGCGCCGUGCACACUUUGGAGAGGAGGGAGAAGGAGAGAGAGCUGGACAGUGGGAGUUUGUUUCAGGCCCGUCCUCUUACUCGCCCGCGCCGCCCCAGUGAGGAUGUGACCAGUGAUGAAGAGCACAUGGUGAUCUGUGAGGAGGGGGAUGAUGAUGUCAUAGAAGACUCAUUUGCAGAGGGCUCCAUUGACCUGAAGUGUAAGGAGAGAGUGACAGACAGCGAUGAUGAAAACGAGCACGCAGAUGAGGCUGACAGCAAGCGCACCUUCACACCUGUACUCCAUUCCUCAUUGACAUUCACUCCAACUGCCAACAAACAUGAAGACAGGCAUGAAGAGAAUCUGGCGAAAAAGAAAAAGCGAGGGCUGGGUGGUGCAGAGCUGGAUAAUGGCGGGCCCAAAGAAGGAGAAGGAGGAGGUGGAGGAGGGCAGGUUCCAUUCCACGCCAAUUCAGCCUCUGUUACUCAUAUAAAUUCCACUUUGCUGCAUGAUGCGUACCAUUCACAGGGCACCGUCAGGAUGGCCCCCACUAUAGUGACCAACGUUGUUCGACCCAUAACUAGCACCCCGGUUCCCAUCGCCAGCAAGCCAGUUGAUGGGGGUGUGGCGGUCGGGACCCUUCCUCUAGACGGCAAGCCCAAGCUAUUGAUCGGUACCGGCGGUGCAGGAGGAGGUGGGUACUUUCCCUCCUCUUCUCCAAAACCUAGCGGUCAAGGAAGCUUAGUUACUGGUUUAGUCCUUGGAGGAACCUUUCCUAACCAACCCACCGUUCAGCUCAUUACCCCACCCCAUCCUACUCCAUGCAACGGAGCCCCUAAUAACAAUGCAGUGCCCCUUCCUCUUCUCCAUCAUCAGUUUCUUCCCGCCACCUCUAUUACGUCCCCUAGUGGGGGCAAACCUGUCACACAGGUGCAGUACAUCCUUCCAACUCUGCCCGCAGCUGCCAAUCCCAACAGUCCCUCCACCCAGCAGACCCAACAGCCCUCCAGCGUCCUGGCUUUACCCGGUGCCACACCCACCCAUGUGACCCUAGCCAAUGGAGUGCAUUCAGGGGCGGGUCAAGGAAUAAGAUAUGCUUCAGUCUCAGCAGUGGGCGGAGUCAGUCCUGGAGGAGUUCAAGCGCAGUCCCCUGUCCUGCAGAGCAAGAUGCUGGUUCCCAUGGCAACUGUCGGAACAGGAUCUACACCUCCGCAGCCAAUUUCCCUGGUGGGCCCGCCUCUUCCUGUUCAAAACGGUGCUCCAGGAAGUAAGAUCAUCCAGAUCGCCCCAAUGCCUGUGGUCCAAACAAACGUGCAUCCUGGAGGAUCAGUGCAUACCAGCAGCUCAUUUCCUGUGUCUAUGCCAACCGCGAGUGUCAUGGCCCCGGGAUCCACCCCUCCUCAGACGGUGCUGCUGACGCCACCACCAACAAGGAUCACUUAUGUCCAAUCAACACCUGGAGUCGCGGCUCCUUUGCCAUUGGCUUCUACACCUGCGGUCUCCUCCACCCAGCAGGCCCCGUCACCCGCAGGUCCAUCUUUUCUGCAAUCUCCAGUAGCGACACUCGGGUUUACUGCAAUUGCCCCUGCUGGACAGACCUUGGUUCAGCCUAUUGUUGCAAGUCAGCCACCCCUUCUGGCUCCAUGUCCACCUCCAAGCGGACUGACACAGAACACACAAGCCUCCACAGCCACUCGUCAGCUCGUGACCGCCAUUUACCCUAGCGUUAGUUUAGCUGGAGGAGUCGUGUCAGUAACAGCCAUGCCACAAAGCACAUCAAGCCUCACAUCAGCUCCAGCCUCAUCAUCAUCAUCAUCAUCAACGCCUCAAGCAAAAACCUCUUCAGUCACCGCUGCGCAGACACGCACACAGACAGAUGCGCAGCCGCAGUCUCAGGUAAGCAUGCAAAUGGAAACAGAGAGAGGACCAGAAGCUAGAAAGGAGGUGGAGAAGCAGAGAGACCUGCUGGUGUCAAAGGAUGGACUUCGGGCGCCACCCAGUGGUUCGGAGGAUUCGGUGCAACCUGGAUGUACAUCAAUCACACAUAAAGGUCAGCACUGCGAAGGGAAGGAGGGUGGAAAGAAAAGCAGUAAAACAGAGCGAGAGUUUGAGAGAGAAGUGGGAGGAAGUUCAUCUCAGUCAGAGAGAGCAAGAGCAGCAGAAGGAGAGUCAGAGGCUCAAACUGAGACCAACAGCAAAGAUGAAGAGGCAGCGUCAAAGGAAAAAUCUGUUCUGGACCCCCCGCCGCCCCCUUUGCAGACUGACACCCCUUCAGCUAAAAAGAUCAAGUUUCGUCCUCCUCCACUAAAAAGCACCACUGAUUCUGGUGACAAGGCACUCUUUGGCUCCUCUUUCGAAGAGCGUCUUAAAGAGCUCCCGGAGUUCAAGCCUGAAGAUGUGCUGCCCUCUCCCAAUCUUCAGAGUCUGGCCACUUCCCCUAGAGCCAUACUUGGAAGUUACCGCAAGAAGAGGAGGAACUCCACAGAUCUAGACUCCACCGAUGACCCCACUUCACCGAGAAGGAAGAGUCGUCGUCUGUCAAGCUGCAGCUCCGAGCCCAACACACCCAAGAGUGCUGCCAAGUGCGAAGGGGACAUCUUCACCUUCGAUAGAACUGUUGGAGAGACCGAGCAUAUUUUAGAAGAGCUGGAUCGCGUGCCGCCGUCCUCUCUGCGUCGGAUGCUGGAUCAGCGGCGUGCUCUCGUCAUGCAGCUCUUCCAGGAGCACGGCUUCUUCCCCUCAGCGCAAGCCACCGCUGCCUUCCAAGCUCGCUACUCGGACACAUUUCCCAGCAAGGUUUGCCUGCAGCUGAAGAUCCGUGAAGUGAGGCAGAAGAUCAUGCAGACCGCCGGCAGUACUGAAAUCACAGGAGGCGUGGCCGGCGGAGGCUCAGACUCCACCUCUGCACCCGGACCAUCCAAUCAGGCGUCCAGGGAGAAUUCUGAGCCAGACGAAAGAGGCAGGGAGGAGCCAAAGAAAGACACGGGCGACCCGCAGGAGUCCAGAUGAAGAACGAAAGAGAAGAAUGGAAGAUGAAUGUAGGGAUGGAUUAUAGAAAUGUGUAAAAACCAUUUCCACUGACGUUACAGCACUUAACGUGGAUUUUGCUUCAUUUCUAAUUGAGCUGAUUUCGUUGCCAUUGCGUUCACUUUGCUGAUGUUCUGUUGUUACACACACAGACACACACGUACAUGUUCACACACACACGUUAUGCAAUUACAUAACAAUAUCACUUUUACUCUCGCACAAGGAACUAUUACAUAGGGGGCAUGGGGGUCGCUCUCAUUUGCAUACGCCACUCGUUUUAGCCAGUCAUUGGUCCAGCUCUGCGCUAGGGCGUGGCUUCACUUUCUGUCCGAAUUUUAGAGCCCUUCAAUGCUGCACCACAGGCAGCACCAAACCAGCCUGUCUGCACAUGCUCAGUAAAGCCCCGCACGGGGCUAGCACAGAUUUUUAUCGAACGGACUGAAUGUUUUAAAAGAGAAAUUAGACUGUUUGAGGUACCGGUAACUUUCAAUCCAAAACAGGGAUGGGGUUGGGGGUGGGGGACAAAUGCGCUUGCACUUUCAUUUGUAGAGACCGAGGAAAGCAAUAGCCAGGGCGGAGAAGGGUCUUCGUGCAAAUGUUACACCCCCCAAGUCGGGGUACAUGCAUCGGCUGUUACUGUUCUUCAGCACGGGCUGUAAAUCCACAACAGCUUUUUUAUUUUUCUCCCAGAAGCAACAAACUCAAAAAUCACGUAGACCAGCGGAGCAGAAAACAGAGGCUACGGCGACCGCCACAAUCACAUAACAACAACAACACAGCACACUCAAAGCAGAGAGGAAAACAUUGUCCUAACCUCGGAAGAAUCAUUCAAAAGGAGACGAAUAGAGACACUACCCCUCUUUGAAUCAACGUGUAGUUAUGCUUUGUCGUUUUGUUGUUGUGUCGUAACGGUGGAACUGACUGAUAUCUCUUUUUUUAUUUGUAUUAGCUUGCGCCUCUUCUUCUUACUCUAGUAAUACUUUCAGCAUGGACUAAUCCAGCUAGCUAAGUGUCGGAGCGAAUACGUGGAAAAACAAGAAAAAAGACUGUGUUUUAGCCUCUUAGCUGAAGCUCCUCUUCUCUGGCCGCUGACGUAGGCUUUUCCCCGUACACUGUAUAUAUAUAUAUAUAUAUAUAUAAAUAUAUAUAAAAAUAUAAGCGUGAUGGCAGGGGAGGGGGGCCGAGGAUGGGCACGAGGCUCUCUCUGUGUUCUUUCCCUCCUUUCUUUCGUUCUUUUUUUAUAUUUCAAUCAGGUGUUUGCACAAUAUAUGGUCUUAGACCAUGAUUUAAAUCAGGAAAGUAUUUGUUUUUAGAUAUUUAAAAACUAACCAACGACUUUGUUCCAUUACGUUUGAUUCUCCCUUUCCGGAUCCCGAAAGGAAAGCUUUUGUUUUCUCUUUAAGACUUUUAACUGAAGUGUUGAUGGAAAGCGCCACUUUAAGCGCUGGUCUGGAGUCAGAAUAAGCUUUGUAGUCGAUUUAGGAUUACUCAAGGGAAAGCUGACCCGAGACCAGCGCUGGGGCGGCAUUUCUCAGGAUCUCCUCUUUCUUACUCUGCCUCUUCUUUCAUUGGUGCAAUAGGACGUGGGUGGGAUUAUUUUUCUCUUGAAGUAGACGAGUGACCUGUUAGUGCCAUAGAUUUUCACUGUACAAGCUGUAAUAAAAUGAUCUAUAUAUUGAAAAGAGCGUGAGAGGGGAAAAAAUCAGAAGCAAGUAUCGAGAGAGAAAUCCAAACUGAACAAACUAAAAUCCGAAGAAGAAAAAAAAAUGACAAAAAAAAAGUAACUUAGCACUUUCUUGCGUCUGGUUUUGCUGAAAGAGAAGGAGUGAUGAGUAUAAAAUGCUACUCAGUCUUCACUUGAAUGUGUGACAAUAUAAAUGUAUAAAUAUACCUAUAUAUUUCUAUAUGUUCAUGAUAUACAGAUGUCUGUGUGUGUGCGAGCGUACAUGCUUAUACAUUACAUGCACCUUGACAAAUCUGACUUACUCCCAAGCAAAUGCUAUUCAUAUCCUAAAUCCCCUUCCCCUCCAAAAAAAGGCAUUGGCACCACAUCUAAGGACUGUUAGCAUAUGCCUGAGAACUGGUGGCUACUGACGUGCCAGAGGAGAUAUCAGCAUAUGUAACCAUUCAAUUCUGAACUUAAUUUACCUGGGCUUUCUUUCCCUUCCUCAGAUGAAAGCUUGCACACACACACACACACACAUACCUGCACAUGUAUGCGUGUACACCUUAUGAUUGUGUAUCCAAUAAACUGUCUUUACUUUGGAGAAGGAGUUUUAGAAUGAGAAAGGUGAGUGUAAACUCAUCAACAGGCAUGUUGACCAUGUGCAAUAUUUCUAAACAAGAGAUUAUUGAAAAAAUUAAAGACCUAAUACAA